AUGGAAAGAAGUCAUUUUCCCGGUUAUAGUCGAUGUGUAGCAUGUCAAGAUCUUAUAUCUGAUAAACAUAUUCGUCAUCAUAUACUUAAUUGUCGACCUCGAUCAUUAACUGACUAUAAAUUAUGUGUCUUAUGUAACAAACAAAUACCUAUUAAACAACAUUCACAACAUGUUGCAACCUGUAAUCAACAAGAAGAUACAUUACCAAACAAGAAAAACUGUCCCAAUUGUGGAAAUAUUCUCGACGAAUUAAAUUCACAUUGUCAAUCAUGUGAGAAUAAUGAUAAUGGAUACUCAACACCAAGAGCAUCAACGCCAACACAGACUCUAACAGAAGCCUCAAUAGGGAUGAUUUCUUUAAAAAACGAGCAAAAAAAACAUUGUGUUUUAUGUUCAAAAGAUAUUGAUCAAUCAGAUUAUGAGAAUCAUAUAUCAUCUUGUUCAAUCGAUGGUUAUUCUUCAAAUGAUCAAGACGUUCAACAAGAAAACACUUCAAUAGAAAAAACAAAUAAUCAAAGAGUUGUCUCAAAUAAAAAACCAACAAAAUAUUGUAUUUUAUGUUCGAAAGAUAUUGAUCAAUCAGACUAUGAAGAUCAUGUAUCAUAUUGUUCAGCUGAUGAAAAUCGACCAGAUAAUCAUAAUAAAAAGUCAAAUGAGAAUAUAUAUUCGUCACAAAUCGAUAAAAAUUCUGUAAAAGAACUAAAUACUUUAAAGAAAAAACGAACAAAACGUUGUGUUUUAUGUUCGAAAGAUAUUGAUCAAUCAGAUUAUGAAGAUCAUGUUGCAUCUUGUUCAAUUGAUAAUACAUCUUCAUUUAUGAAACCGACCAAAUAUUCAAAUGAAAAACCAUAUUCAACAUUAUUUACUUCACAAAAUGAUCAAGAUCAAAGAAUUAAUUCAAAUAAAAAACAAACAAAACAAUGUAUUUCAUGUUUACAACAUAUCGAUCAAUCAGAUUAUAAAAAUCAUAUAUCAUCUUGUUCAAACAAUGACAAUUAUUCAAAUAAUAAUAAAUACAAUCAAAAACAAAACACUUCAAUACAAAUGGAACGAAAGAUUGAAAAAGGAACAAAUUCAAAAAUGAAUAGAAGAAAACGUUGUAUUUUAUGUUCGAAAGAUAUUGAUCAAUCCGAAUAUGAAGAUCAUGUUGCAUCUUGUUCAAAUAAUAAUAAUAUUGAUAAUUCUUAUGAUGAUUUACAAUAUUCAAGAAAUGAUUCAAUAAUUUCGUCAACAUAUUCGAAUUCAAAAACUGAACAGAAAAAAAAAUGUAUUUUAUGCUCUGAAUUAAUCAAUGAACUAGAAUAUGAAGAACAUAUUUCAAUAUGUUCGUAUGAACAACCAAAUACUACGAUGCAGAAUAAGAAAAUUUCUACACAAACAAAUAACAAAAAACGUUGUAGAAUAUGUUCGAAUUCUAUUCCUGAAUAUGAAUAUGUUAAACAUGUUGCAUCAUGUUCAUCAUCAUCAUCAUCAUCAUCAUCUUCAAUGAAGAAUUUAAAUGAAAAUGAUCAUAGAACAAGAUUAAAUUCUAUUGAAAAACAUGAUAAAAAUUCAUCUAAUAUAAAUACAAAACAAAAAAAAGAUUGUAUUAUUUGUUUUAAACCCAUUGAUUUAUCUGAAUAUGAAUCUCAUGUAUUAGCAUGUGUAGCUCAAACAGAUAAUCAAUUAUCAACUUCAUCAACAAGAACAAAUCUUAAAUGUUUAACAUGUAAUCGUCCAAUAAAUAAACAAGAUGGUUUAUAUAGAGAAAUAAAUUGUCAUUCUCAUCAUAAUCAUUGUUUAGUAUGUCUUCAACGUUCAAUGGAAGAAUUUGCUCGAAAUGGUCAAGCACCAGUAUGUCAUAAAAGUUUAUGUGAUUAUGAAUUUUCUCGAUAUGAUAUAUCAUUAAUACCACUUGAACGACGUAUUUCUGAUCGACUUUUAAAACUUGUUAAAGGUCAACAAAGACCACAUUGUUCUAAAUGUCGUUUUUAUAUUGAUUUAAAUCAAUGUGAAGAUUUUGAUGAACAUGUUGAAUCAUGUGAUGAUCUUAUACCUUGUGAAUAUUGUCAAUUACCAUAUCCAUUUAAACAAUUAGAAAUUCAUGCAAGCGAAUGUCGACAUGAUAAAACAUCAUAUAAUGAAAAAUUAACGAAUUUUAUUUUAAAUAAAACAAAAUAUCCAUUUACAAAAAAUCAAAUUCGUCAUUUUAUUGAUCAACAAAGUAAAAAUAGUCAUUCAAAUAUGGAUCCUUGGUCGAUAAUUGAUGCUCUUGCUAUAUUCGGAUCAAUAUUUCCAUAUGAAAUGGCAACACGAGAUUGUGAUGUUUGUAUGGAAUCAUGUCCAUAUGAUGAUAUAUAUGUAUUUGAUUGUUCUGAUAAUCAUAAAUUAUGUUAUUCAUGUUAUUAUGAAUCAUGUAAAACAAAAAUGAAUAAUGGAGAAAUUUUAACAUGCGCACUUUGUACAAAUCCAUUACGAGAGGGUGAACUUAAUCAACUUCGAAUUUCGAAUGAUGAAUUAAAAAAAAUUCGAGAUUAUCAAAUAAAAAAAACAUUUGAUGCAUAUUCAAGUCGUACUCGUGGUAUAAUUAAAUGUCCAAAUCAAAAUUGUCUAUGGAUAGCUGAAGCUGCUGAUCCAAAUGAACGUUUUCGAGUAACUUGUCCAAUUUGUAAUAAAGAAUUUUGUUCACUUUGUAAUCAACAAUAUCAUUAUCGUACAACAUGUCAACAACUUCCACAAAUAACUCAACGAUGGUUUUUUUGGUGUCAAACAGAACGUGGUCGUUAUUUAACAAUGAGAGCUCAACAAGAUGCUGCAUAUGCAACACAAUUAUCUGAUUAUAAUCGUCAAAAUAAUGAAAAUGAAAAUCGAAAUCGUGAUUUACGUCGUCGUUAUGAUGAAUUAAUGAAUGAUGAAAAAUAUAAAGCUGAUAAUUGUCGUCUUUGUCCACAAUGUAAACGUGUUGUUCAACGUCUUGAAGGUUGUGAUUCAAUGGUAUGUGGACAAGAUGCACAUGGUGGAAAUCUUCAAUCGGGUUGUGGAGCUAAAUUUAAUUGGGCACAAGCACAACAAUAUAACGCAGCAGCUACACCUCAACCAAAACAAGUUAUUCUUGAUCUUCCCAAACCAGAAAAUCCUGUUGUUCAUCAUAAUGGUGUUAAAUGUGAUCAUUGUCAAAAUGAUGUUGUUGGAAUUCGUUUUGAUUGUGUUCAUUGUCCAUCAUUAACAUAUUGUGAAAAAUGUGAACAACAAGCAACAUUAGAUCAUUCAAGAGAAAAUCAAUUCCUUCAACAACAACAACAUGUUUUUAAACUUAUUAUGGUACCGCAAGAAGAAGCUAAUCAACUGUGA